AUGGAUGCUGCAAGGUUGGAUGGUCAAACUGAGACCCAUGAUGUUGUUGGGAGUAGUGCGGAAAUAGCUAAACAAACUGAUGCUUCCCAAGAGGAAGAAAAUCAGACUUUGAAAAGAAGUAAUGAAGAGCCUGUCCAAUCCGAACCGGUGACAAAGAAGGUUAAAACAACACCGGAACCAGUGCCGCAAUUAAAGAAGGAAGAAGAAAAGAAAAGUGAAAUUGUCAUCAAGAAGCCAAUUGAAGAGAUAAUUGAUGGAUCCGACUUGCGCAAGUUCCUCAACAAGAAUAUCACUCCGUUUCUUAUUAAGGCUUUGGAUGAGUUAUCUGUGUAUUGGCAGAAAGGAGAAUACGAUGACCUGGACAGUAAAGCAAUCCUCCUAAAAUUUAGUGAAAUAAUCAAGGAGUAUGCAGAUAAGACUCAGUAG